UAGCCACCCGAGGCCCUGGUGCGUCAUCCUCGUGCGCCGGAAGCACUCUUCAUCCUGCCGGAAGUACGUUUGUUGUGGGAGAGGGGACGGCGCGGAAGUGCCGCUUGGAGGGGAACGAUGGGUUGCGAUGGGGGAACCAUCCCCAAGAGACACGAAUUAGUGAAAGGGCCUCGAAAGGUGGAGAAGAUUGACAAAAAUGCAGAAUUAGUGGCACAGUGGUACUACUGCACACUGAGUCAAGAAGAACUAAGGAGACCAAUUGUAGCCUGUGAGCUGGGCAGGCUGUAUAACAAAGAUGCUAUCAUUGAAUUUUUACUGGACAAGUCAUCUGAUAAAUCCCUUGUGCAGGCUGCAUCAUAUAUCAGGAGCAUUAAGAAUGUAACAGAGCUGAACCUUGCAGAUAAUCCAGCUUGGAAAGGUGAUAAAGGGAACACAAAAGGUGAUAAAUAUGACGACAUCCAGUGUGCACGCUUUAUUUGCCCUGUGGUGGGCUUGGAAAUGAAUGGAAGGCAUCGGUUUUGUUUUUUGCGGAAUUGUGGCUGUGUGUUCUCUGAACGUGCUCUUAAAGAAAUUAAAACAGAAGUUUGUCACCGGUGUGGUGUUCCCUUUCAAGAAGACGACGUGAUUAUACUUAAUGGUAAUAAAGAAGAUGUGGAAGUGCUGAAGAAAAGAAUGGAGGAGAGAAGGCUUAAGAGUAAAGUGGGAAAGAAAUCAAAGAAAUGUAAGGCCGCAGAAUCGGUCUCUCAACAAGACACCACUGAAGAUUCUCCAGGACCAUCAGAAGUAAAGACUGCAAAAGAUGACAUGAACACUAAUUCUGGAGAAAGGAAACAGAUUGUCUUCACAAAGAGUGCAGAAGCUAAUGGAAGCUCUUCUGCAUCAGGAAAAAUCAGUAAAGCUUCAGCUGGCACCACCAAGAGAUCUAUUGUUGACAGUGAGGAGAAAUCAGAGGCAUACAAGUCUAUUUUUACGUCACACAGCUCAGCAAAACGCUCGAAGGAAGAGUCUUCCAACUGGAUUACUCACACAGCGUACUAUUUCUGAAACAAUUGUGUGCAUGAUUGUAACGGUCAUUGCUGCUUUUCUUCCCAGAGACUUUUUCUGUGUAACUCUGAUACAGGGUGUUAAUCGUAAUCUGAUGUUAUCUGGUAUUAUCCAGUUUGCAAGUUGUUUAUAAACUUGUGAAUAACUAGUGUACCUAGGUUGUUUGCAGCUACUGUUCAAUAAGAAAUAGAUGGCCAAAAUCCAUGUCUGGUAAUGUGACUUAUUGUAAAAGAUUAUUUACAAAAAGUAUAAUUCUUUAGGGUCAGAUUCUGCCAUCCUUAGUUACACUGAGUAGUAUUUUACUCUUGAUUGCAGUUUGUUAGGAUGGCAGAAUCUGCUUACUAAUAGAUAUAUCCUUCUAUGCUUUUAGAUGCAGAAUGAUUACCUACACAAUUUAGCUGCAGUUGUAAUUGAACUUCUCUUUGUGUUAGUUAAGACUGAAUUUAAUUUCUGUAACUUUCUGACACUGCUUGCUAACAAUAAAACCCUCCACAAUAUUUCCUUUCUUACUCUAGUCAAAACCAGUACACGUCUCUCUUAAAGGUGCUGGAGAUCGCUUUGAAUUAAUGCUUGUCAGGAUGGAGUCAUUUGGAAAGCUCGGUGUGAUCUCAGAAAUAAAAGUAAAAACUUUUA